AUGCUGGCGGUUAUUCGCCACUUCCACGAGGGCAUGAGGGCGCGCGUCCGAACGGGCGACGGGCAGUACUCGGACUGGUUCGACGUGGGCCAAGGCCUCCGACCGGGAUACAACCUGGCCCCGCUGCUGUUCAACUUGUUCUUUGCCGCGAUGCUCAUGGUCGCCGUGCCCGAGUUCGACAGGGACUCCAAGGUGACGGCGGACAUGGUCAAGAUCGGGACCCGAGUGGAGUACACAGGCAAGAAGGGCAGGUCGGCGGGGAAGAAGACCACGGUGGUGACGGACGCGGAGGUCCUGUGGGCCCUCUACGCUGACGACGCGGCCAUCGUCUCGCGCUCGCCGGAGAGUCUCGAGAAGAUGAUGUGGGUAAUCGUGCGCGUGGCCGGCCUGUUCGGACUGAUGGUAUCGGAGCCAAAGACGGAGAUCAUGUGUGUGCUGCCGAAAGGGAUCGAGGAACGCCCGUUCAUGGUCAGCGCCGCCGGCCAGACGUGCAAGCAGCAGAUUGGUUUGUGUUCCUCGGACGUACCAUCUGCGUGGACGGGAAGGCCGACCGGGAGAUCACGAGCCGCAGCUGCCGAGCGUGGAAGUGCUACCGCCGGAACGGUGCUUCGAUGUACGACAGGCGACGGGCCGACCGCCAGCUAAGAUCCGGCUACUCCAGGCUGAAGUGGUGCAGACUCUCACGGGUGCGCCUCGUGGAGCCUAACAGCGGAGCACUACACGAAGCUCAAUGGGACCCACCGCCAGUUCCUCACACGGUGCAUCGGCUGGAGCAAGCGGAAACGCUCAGACCGCCCCCUGUCCUAUGCCCAGGCCCUCAUCCAGGCAGGCUGCGAGGAAACCAUCGAGGCCACCGUGCGCAAACGGAGACUGUGUUUCGCGGGCUUNAAACCAUCGAGGCCACCGUGCGCAAACGGAGACUGUGUUUCGUGGGCUUUUUUUUUUUUUAUGCGCAUGGAGAACAACCGCCUCCCCAAGCGCAUGCUGCUAGGAGCGAUGGCGGGAGGCGUGGGAUACCGGGGCGGGCAGGAGAGCGACUGGGUGUCUCGUCUAGGAGAGGACCUCGUGGCCUUCAAUAUGGGAGACGAAAAGGAAGGGAGGAAAUGAAAAGAGAGAGCGCCAAGGACCCGGAGGCGUGGUACAACAAGGUCGAGGACGGGGCGGCAUGGUUCAUGAGGAAAUGGCACAGGCAG